GAAGCUCCCAUUCUUUCGAACAGGGAAACUUCUGUCUUUUGUACUUCGCGAAUCUCUCAAAGUUUGCAAUGCCUCGCCAUGAUGAUCGCCAUGGUAGUACACGACUCUAUGUGGGUCAUCUGUCAUCAAGGACACGCUCACGUGACCUCGAACACAUCUUCAGCAGAUACGGAAGGUUUCUGGGCUUUUGGCUGACCUGGAGGCCUAUGGUGAGAGGGUCGCCUUGGUGGAAUUGGUGGAAAUUCUUGCCCAGUGUAUAGGAGACUUUGGUGAUUCUCUCUAUAGUGUUAUUGCGUGUUUUAGGGGUGAAAUGGCAACAAUCUCAAAGUGGUUUUUAGUUCGUCUGUGAGGGGUGAAGUAACGUAGACUUGCAGUACUUAAGUAAUGAUGGCCUUACUGUUUCUGGCAACUAUUUCCGCAGAAUACGGGAUGUGGAUAUGAAGCAUGACUAUGCCUUCGUGGAAUUUAGUGAUCCCCGAGAUGCUGAUGAUGCAAGGUACAGCCUAGAUGGUAGGGAUAUUGAUGGGAGUCGUAUCAUUGUUGAGGUUGCAAGGGGGGUACCACGUGGCUCUCGAGAUUAUUUGGGCAGAGGCCCUCCCCCAGGAUCUGGUCGCUGCUUUAAUUGUGGCCUUGAUGGUCAUUGGGCUAGAGAUUGCAAAGCUGGUGAUUGGAAGAAUAAAUGUUAUCGCUGUGGAGAAAGAGGUCAUAUAGAGAGGAACUGUAAAAACAGUCCAAAAAAGCUAAAACGUUCACCAGUUAGGCGUGGUAGAAGCAGAAGCAGGAGCAGGAGCAGGAGUUACAGCCGAGGUCGGAGCUACAGCCGAUCAAGAUCACCAACCAAAAGAAACAGAAGCAUUGAGCGUGAUGAUCGAUCACUGAGCCCUGUGCCAAAGAAUAGCCCGCCUCCCUCCAAGGGGAGAAAGCGCAGCCUCACACCUGAUGAAGGCAGUCCACGGGAGAGAGGUAGCCCUUCCCCCAAAUAUCAGAAAAUGGCUUCUCAUGAAGAUGAAGCUGAGUAUGGUGAUAGCCCAAGGCAAAUGAAUGGUAGCCCAGCAGGAAGGCCACAUUCUGAAGCCAAUGGUAACAGUAGGAGUCCCAGUCCAAGGGAUGACAGAAGCCCUGUCGAUGAUGAUUACGAAGAUCGACGCUCCCCCAGAGGCAGCGAGUCUCCUUGAAAUUUUCUCCCUCUUAAUCCAUGUUCUGGACCAUUGUGGUAUGCUCAACUCAGUACUUUUCAAAACAGAGGAUUGUGUGAGAUAAAAGUUGACACGCAUUUUAGCAUUAUUUAAACUUUUUUAUGAGAUAAAAGUAAUUUUUAUUAAUGAAUUUGCUUGAGAUAAAGGGUUAUGGUUAUGAUCAUUAUUAAGUUUGUGAAAGACUAUCAAAACUAUCAAAUUUUAAUUUCAAUUUUGUUGUUGAAAGUAAGUUAUAAUUAAUAAAAUAGUUAAUAUUUA